GAAAAAAAAAAUACAUGUAAUUUCAUCAUAUUCGUAUUAUAAAAAGGAUUGUUUGUCUAUAUUUAUGUAGAAUGAAAGUCGAGGGUAAAGUGAACGUACAUCGGGUAAGGUUCUUCUGGUGGCUAAAUAUGGACGCACGUAACAGCUGAUAACAUUGCAUUUUUGGUGAAUUGAUUGGAUGCACGUAAUUAAUCAAAAGCAAUAUGAGUCUACGAAGGACGUUGUCAGCGGCUGGGGUAGUUGCAAUCCCGUCACUUUUGCGACUGAUGCAAACUAUUGUCAGUCUUCUCGGCAAUAUGGAGAGUGUUGAGUAUCCUCAACAGGCUCAUGUGUAUGAUGGUCAGAGUUUCGACUUCAUCGUAGUAGGAGCAGGGUCAGCAGGAUGUGUGCUCGCCAACAGACUCACCGAGAUAUCAGACUGGAAUGUGCUGCUCAUUGAAGCUGGUGGAGAUCCACCUAUUACGUCUAAUCUUCCAGGACUAUUAGCACUCGUAGACUAUUCAGAAGCAGACUGGGAUUACUACACAGUUAAUGACGGCUAUACCAGUCAAGCACACAAAACCAAAACAGUACAUUUAACCAGAGGUAAAAUGUUGGGAGGAUCUAGUGGCGCCAACUACAUGUAUUACGUAAGAGGAAAUAAGGCGGAUUACGAGAGCUGGGUUCAACUAGGCAAUGAAGGAUGGGACUGGGACAAUGUUACUGCAUAUUUCAAGAAAAGCGAACGUCUCGCAGACUCAGCAAUUCUCGACAGUGAUUCAGCCGAUUUGCACAGCUCAGAAGGAUAUCUCGGAGUGACACGGCCACUUUGGGGAAACAGAACUAAAGAUUAUUUUAAAGCUUUCAAACAAAAUGAUCAUAACAUUCUAGUAGAUACCAAUGGUCACCAACAAGUUGGAUAUUCAGCUCCACCUUUUACUACAGAUAAUCACAUAAGGCAAAGCACUGCUAAUGCCUUUCUGAGUCCUAUUAGACUUCGCAAAAAUUUACACGUUCUAAAACAUACUUUAGCUCGCAAAGUUAUCUUUGAUGAAAAUAAUAAAGCAGUUGGUGUUGAAGUGACAUUACCUGACGGUAGAACGAUUAAUGUUUUAGCAAGUAAAGAAGUUAUUUUAUCAGCUGGUGCCAUAAACAGCCCGCAGUUGUUGAUGUUAUCUGGUAUUGGUCCUAAAAAACACUUGAAGAAAAUGAACAUCGAUGUGCUUCUAGAUUCACCGCAUGUAGGUAACAAUCUUCAAGAUCACAUGGCUGUCAUAGUAGUGAUAACGGGAAAGAAAGACAUAAAACCUUUUAGAAAUUUUGAUAAUUUCGUCAACGUUGACCAGUUUUUAUCUCCUACAAUAAUGGGGCACAUUGCUCUUAAUAGAUCACAAACUUAUCCAGAUUACCAAACGAUAAUAUUGGUUGAACCAGCUAAAUCUCUUACAGCCACUAUUAUUUGUUCUUUUGUUAUGGGCCUGAAUAACCAAGUCUGUAGUUCAAUCGCUUAUGAAAUAGUGGAUAGAGAGAGUCUAGUCGCAGCGUUGUCUUUAUUGGCUCCUGAAUACAGAGGUAAAAUUAGACUUCAAAGUAAUGACCCAAUGGAUAAACCACUUAUUUUCUCAGGAUAUUAUUCUAGUGGAAACGAUUUAGAGAACCAUGCUAGAUAUGUGAUGGAUUAUGUAAGUGUUGUUAAUACUGCGUAUAUGAGAAGUAUUGGUUCAAAAGUAGUUGAUGUUCAUCUUGAACAGUGUAAAGGGUUGACAUUUGGAACUCUUGAUUAUUGGAAAUGUUAUGUUUUGAACAUGGUGAGUACGUUGUGGCAUCCUGUUGGCACCUGUGCGAUGGGCCCUGAAGGUAAAGGUGUGGUGGAUGAGAGACUUCGUGUACGAGGUGUUACAGGGCUUCGAGUGGUAGAUGCAAGUGUGAUGCCGACCAUAGUGCGCGGUAAUACAAAUGCUCCAGUGAUUAUGAUUGCAGAGAAAGCAGCUGACAUGAUCAAAAUUGACAAGGGAAUGCCAAUAGAACAGAUUUAAUUGAAGAAAUAAAGAAUUUAUAUAAAAAAGUGCGAAGUAGCUUACCCAAAUACAUUAAAAUAAAAUUAGUUAUAUAUAUUAGCCGAAGAACCGAUAACCGUUGGGGUAAACGAGUUCUAGAGUGGAGAC